AUGCCCAGAGUAUUCUGCGAAGCAGUAGCUCGUGACCAGAAAUAUUCUAAAGCAAGCCCGGUGACUCCGCCUAGAGGAUCGGUAAAAGAUCCGACCCACGCAGGCGGCGGCGGUCUGCUCCGGAGCGCCACAAGCCCCGCGGCCCCGCUCUCCCAGCUGGAGCUCUGGCCGGAGCACGACAGCUCCACGGCCCCGCUCUCCCAGCUGGAGCUCUGGCCGGAGCACGACAGCUCCACGGCCCCGCUCUCCCAGCUGGAGCUCCGGCUGGAGUGCGGCGGCCCCACAACCCCAGCUGGAGCGCAGCAAGCCCCACGACCCUCCUCCCCCGAACUUGCAACCUUCACUUGCAGUGAUGUCAAGACAGAAUAUAACAAAACGGCAGCAAUUUCAUGCAUUGGCAGCAAGAAGAUUACAAACGUGGUAGUUAAGCGCUGUGAAAACUGUAAUAAACAGAACUCGUGCUUAGAAACUUUUAUUAACACAUGGACAGGAAAGGAUUCCAGUGAAAAGGGAAGAAUUCAGUUGGUGCUACAACACAACGUUUCUGAAUUACACAUACAGGAAGUAAAAGCAACUGAUCAAGGAGGUUAUAAAUGGUAUAUUUAUUCUGAUGCUGGGGAAGACGAUGGAUGUAUAACCCUUGAGAUUACAGCUCCAGAAAUUGAGCCUAUCCUAACUAGAAACGGAAGAAAGCUCGCCUGUCUGUCAUCUAUAGGGCAUCGAGAAAGGCAGAUCCAUUGGUUCGAUGGUCACGGGACUAACCUGACGGGCAGUGCAAGCCUGGUAUCUGAGGAAGCAGAAGGUGGUUUAACCAGCCUUACCAGCACUCUCCAUGAGAAACCCACCUUAACUGCCUCCGAGUAUUGCUGCACUGUGCUGUAUGAUGUGCACACCAAGAGAAACAAAACCAAGUGCAUUCGUGCCCACAAAGCAGUCACUGAUUACCUUCGUUUUACUUCAACCCCAGGUAUAAGAUAUAGCAGAAAUACUUUGGCUAGGUCUACACUACCCGCCUGAAUCGGCGGGUAGAAAUCGACCUCUCGGGGAUCGACGCUCUUACUCCACCAGCGGAGGUGGGAGUAAGCGCCGUCAACAGGAAGCCGCAGAAGUCGAUUUUGCCGCCGUCCUCACAGCGGGAUCCAGAAAUUCCGAAGACCAAGAAAGAUCACUUUCCCAUCAUUCUAGUGCUCGUUGUUCUGGUUCUCUGCUGGUUUGCAGCUGUUUUAUACUAGAAGCACCGCCAGCGAGAUGAAAAAGCACCUAACCAAGAAGUCUGACAUAUGAAAACAAGAUGGCUCCUGAAUGAAAAUGAUGAUCCAACCUGCACCAAUGCAACUGAAUUUAAGCAAAGCAGUAGAUACAGAAACUCAGACAUUCAGUACAUACACGCUAAGCAAUCAAACAAUGUGAAGCAACUAGUAUUUUAAAGACUUUUUUUGACAGACAUCCCCUGUUUUGCUGACUGGGGGCUACAUUCUCCUCUCAUUUCACUGUUGUAACUCAUUGGAAAAUGUGGCCUGAUAAUUUGAGCAGCGUUCUUUCCCUCCCUGAAACACUGAUGCUUUAAGGCCGUAUUUUCCCCACUUUUGAUGGAAUCAAAGCUUUGCAUAGCUAGCCCUUUAGGAUGGGCUAAUAUGGCAGCUAGAUGUAUGUAGCAUUGUAUCCCCCGAUGAACCUGCAGCCAUCAGGACAGAAGUGCAGUGCACCAUCACAAAGACUUUAUGACCUUGUAGCGGGGUGGUCACCUGCUCCUGCCCUGAGGGGUUUAAAGACAGCCCUGGGAGAGGGCAGGUGCAGGGGAAAGCAGCCGCAGCUGGGCCACGCCCCAAUCAGGCCUCAGAUGGCCCUUAUAAGAGGGCAGUGGGCAAGGAGCAGUCAGUCUCUCUCUGGCUGUAGAGGGAGAUGGGCCUGGCUGCUUGGAAGUUGAACAGGGUACCGGAGUGGAGCAGGGCUGGGGAAAGGCAGAGGAGCUGGGGAGCUCCAGCCUGGAAAGUCCCAGGCUGUGGCCUAGCCUUAGGCUAACAGGUACUGGGGGUUGCAGAGGGCAGCCCAGGGGUAGGCCAAGGCAGCAGGUCCAAACCCAACCUUGCCGGUGAUGAGUAGGCUGAUACUGCAGUCUGCCCCAGAGCACGGGGGCUAGAUGAUGACUGGCAGUAACCUUCUACUGAGGCGAGGUGGGGAUAAUGGGUGGGGGUUUGCUGGGGAGGGGAGACCCUGAGAGAAAGGGGUUCCUGCCAAGUGGCAGCACCCCAAAUAACGGGGCACCGGCUCUGGGAGGGACAUGGGGGGCCAAGCGGCAGCGGGACACUGGCCUGCAGAGGGUGCUCCAGGCUGGAAAUUGAACUAAUUCCCAGAGAUGGCCAGUAGGAGGCAUCGCAGCAGUGAGUAAUGCACCACUACAGACCUCCAGGCCAGUUUGUAUUGUCUCACAGUCACACACACAUGCCUGGCCGUUACCCUUUCACCGGGGAUGUAUUUAUUCUUUCCUUAUAUGCUGUGAGGAUUUCAGUGCAGGGUUAUAGUACGAGGGGGCUUCCAUGCACCUUCACUCCUCAGCCCAGGCUCACCCUCUGAGCUCCCCUUGCUUCCUGUUCCUCCCACUUACAGCCUCCCAAUUACCUCGUUAGCCCAGUGAAUAGCACCCAAGGGCUCAUAAUCCCCCAACACAAAGUGUCUAAUUGGCUUCAAUUAAUCCUGCGCUCUUCCCAGUGCUGCAGCAAACUCAGUGACCAGGGUGCUAUUAGUAGUAUCCUGUCACACCUCCUCUGGAUGAGUUUUAAACCAGUUAUUAGGCCCAAGACCUAACUUCUUCAGGGCAGGAAGCUGCAGAUACAAAAUUCCAUCCAAAUCUAUGCAAACAGCUGGCAAUCCCAUGACCCGGUAUCCAUUGGGUUCAUCUCAGGAAUCUGUUAACCAAAGCAGUGGAACCUCUUGUCAUUGCUAUGCUGAUUCAUUCUCUGUUAAUUAAGGCCAAAGUUGUAUCUGCAAUUAUAGUGUAUUUUACGUACAUAGAAUGUCAUGUGUAUAGAGCCAAAGGUAAUGCAGACCAAAGUCUGACACUGUCCUUUCAGAUUCUGGAGCAUCAAACCCGUAAUGGCAAUUCCAGUCGGCUCUUUUUGAAUCUUUCAGUUGGUCUAUGUUGGUUUCUAGUGCUGGGCCAGACACCAGUAGCCCAAUAAUGAAACUAUUGCUCUGUGCCAAUCAUAUGAGUAUUGCUCUGUGCCAAAACUUUUUUGCCAGCAGAAUCAGUAGAAACCAGAUAAAAAUUUUCUAAUGGAAUUUCCAUUAGUGACAUUUUAAAAAUGUGAACCAAAGUUAUUCCUUUUUCACUCAAGUUGCCACAGGAGCUUGUGUUCCAGAAUUAGCUCUAGCACUGACAUUUUUUUACUUCAUGGCCUCACUAAUUACUUGUGGCACAUGCAUCCGAAGAAGUGGGUAUUCACGAACGAAAGCUCAUGCUCCUAUAGGUCUGUUAGUCUAUAAGGUGCCACAGAACUCUUUGCUGCUUUUACAGAUCCAGACUAACACGGCUACCCCUUUCAUACUAAUUACUUGUGGUUUAUUUCUGUAAGAAAUCAUUUUGAAUUAAUUUUGCAGUAACAGUGAUAAGAAUAUUAUAUAUUUUUUCCAUAAGGUUUUGAACUUUCAUAUGGUUGGAAAGGGCACAUUGGCUGGUGGGUUAGGUCUCAAAUGUUGCCAUCCUGACAGUUACGUAUUUACUAAAGCCAUGACAGUGUUUUCUUUAUGUCCAACACAGAGGUUAACACUGCGUGAGAUCAGGGCUCAGAUUCCUGCUCAGAUUCCUGCCUGUUGGCGUGUUGUCUCCGCUGGGUGCUCAUGCACCCGCACAACUUUAUUAGUUUUUCCCGAGGUGUGGGGGAGCUGCACCAAAUGAAGCCUCAAUCCUGUAUUUUGACCCAUAUAGGCAGACUGCAGUGCCUGUGGAAAGCCCAGCUGAUAUUAAUGGGCUCUACAUGGACACAAUGAGAUCACAGUGCAGGAUUGGGACCUGAGAGAUGAGCAUGUUGAAUCUGAUACACUCUGAGCCAGAAAUGACCCAUUACUCUUGAUGGUGGGGGGCAAUUUAGAGGUUAGGGGGCAUGUGACCACCCCAUGUGUUGCCUCUGGCCCCUUUUCUACUCCCUCUGCACCAUCCACACCUGCUCCAAGCCAGCACCAACUUGCCCCCACUCUCCUCACAGCUCCUUCCCACUUACUUUUCCCAUUGCUUCCCUGCUGCGGGCACGGCCCAGGCCAGAGAGGGCUGUGGACACCUACUUCCAAGCAGGUAACUGCUGCUGUCGGCGAGGAAGGGACAGGCUGCUAGCCCAUGAUUGUUUAUGGAGGAGUCUUGAUUUCCCUUCACCUGUAUCUCACAUAGCAGGGAGCUGAGGUGAUAUGUGUGGGCGAGGGGAGUGUCAUGUGGGGUCAUGUGCUCUUCCCCCUCCCCCCCAGAUUUCUGCCAGUGUGGGAGUGGGGCUGAGCGGGGCUGAGGGGGGCAUGCCUGAGCAAGGUACCUAGCACUCAUGCUGAGCCUUGCUAGGAGGUGCCCAUAUCAAGGAAGAGAGAUGGAGCUGACAGUCCACCUAUAUGCAGCUAUAGCUAUGCAAGACACCUACAGUAGGAGACAGACAAUGGAAUAUUUUUUAGUUCCUCAGAGCUUGCUAUUCAUACCAGAAACAAGGGCCAUAAUCAAAGGACAUCUGCUAAUAGGUCUCCCCUGUAUGAUGUUCAACACCCUCAACUCCCCUGGUGAUGAGCAGAAGCCUGUAGCACCAAGGCCAUAAUGUGCAACUUCCAAAGUAUAGAAAGUUUUGAACUAAACUACUUGGCUCUGUGCCCCUUUAACCAAUCCUGUAAAUAACUGUAAUCAAAACACAAAUGCAAGUUGCUUUGUUUUAUAAUGCAAUGGAUCAAUGUCUUCUGCUAAAAUGAGAAUUGCUGGCUGUGGUGUCAUUUUAGCACCCAAUCUACUCAAUGAUAAGAAAGAUUUUCAUAUAAACGUUAAAUUAACUCAC